AUAAAAUGAAUUUUUUCAACUAAUCAUAAAGAUAUUGGAACUUUAUAUUUUUUAUUUGGUAUUUGAUCAGGUAUAAUUGGAUCAUCACUUAGAAUCUUAAUUCGUCUUGAAUUAAGACAAAUUAAUUCAAUUAUUAAUAAUAAUCAAUUAUAUAAUGUUAUUGUUACAAUUCACGCUUUUAUUAUAAUUUUUUUUAUAACAAUACCAAUUGUUAUUGGUGGAUUUGGAAAUUGGUUAAUUCCUAUAAUAAUAGGAUGUCCUGAUAUAUCUUUCCCACGAUUAAAUAACAUUAGAUUCUGAUUAUUACCACCCUCAUUAAUAAUAAUAAUUUGUAGUUUUUUAAUUAAUAAUGGAACAGGAACAGGAUGAACUAUUUACCCACCCUUAUCAAAUAAUAUUGCACAUAAUAAUAUUUCAGUUGAUUUAACUAUUUUUUCAUUACAUUUAGCAGGAAUUUCAUCAAUUUUAGGAGCAAUUAAUUUUAUUUGUACAAUCUUAAAUAUAAUACCAAACAAUAUAAAAUUAAACCAAAUCCCUUUAUUUCCAUGAUCAAUUUUAAUUACAGCUAUUUUAUUAAUUUUAUCUUUACCUGUUCUAGCAGGUGCUAUUACAAUAUUAUUAACUGAUCGUAAUUUAAAUACUUCAUUUUUUGACCCAGCAGGGGGAGGUGACCCAAUCUUGUAUCAACAUUUAUUUUGAUUUUUUGGUCAUCCUGAAGUAUAUAUUUUAAUUUUACCAGGAUUUGGUUUAAUUUCUCAUAUUAUUAGACAAGAAAGAAAUAAAAAUGAAACAUUUGGAAAUAUUAGAAUAAUUUAUGCUAUAUUAACUAUUGGAUUAUUAGGAUUUAUUGUAUGAGCUCAUCAUAUAUUUACAAUUGGUAUAGAUGUGGAUACACGAGCAUACUUUACAUCAGCAACAAUAAUUAUUGCUAUUCCAACAGGAAUUAAAAUUUUUAGAUGAUUAGCUACAAUUUAUGGGUCUAAAAUUAAUUUUUCACCUUCAACAAUUUGAUCAUUAGGAUUUAUUUUUUUAUUUACAAUUGGUGGUUUAACAGGAGUUAUUCUUGCUAAUUCAUCUAUUGAUAUUAUUCUUCAUGAUACUUACUAUGUAGUAGCCCAUUUCCAUUAUGUAUUAUCAAUAGGAAUUGUAUUCGCAAUUAUUGCUAGAUUAAUUCAUUGAUUUCCAAUUUUUACAGGAUUCUCUAUAAAUAAUUUUAUUUUAAAAAUUCAAUUUAUUCUUAUAUUUAUUGGAGUUAAUUUAACAUUUUUCCCUCAACACUUUUUAGGUUUAAAUGGUAUGCCACGACGAUAUACAGAUUACCCUAAUAAUUUUUUAUUAUGGAAUAUAAUUUCUUCAAUUGGAUCAAUAAUUUCAACAUUUAGUAUUAUUAUUUUAAUUUAUUCAAUUUGAAACAGAAUUUUUUUAAAAAAAACUACAAUUUUUAAAUUAAAUUUAAGUAAUUCUAUUGAAUGAAUCCAUAAUUUACCUCCUUUAGAACACUCAUAUUCAGAAUUACCUUUAAUUAUUAAUU